AGCACACUAUAUAAGAUCGCAUUUCACUCCCAAACCCUAGAAUUUCUGCAUCUUCGAUCGCCCAAGAGUUUCAGCUUCGGCGCCAUCAAUCCUUCACUCUCUCCCAACUCACUCUCCAUCCAAAAUGUCUCUGGUGGCGAACGAGGAUUUCCAACACAUUCUUCGUGUUCUUAACACAAACGUAGAUGGGAAGCAGAAAAUUAUGUUUGCUAUGACCUCCAUCAAAGGUAUCGGAAGGCGAUUUGCUAACAUCUGUUGUAAGAAGGCCGAUAUCGACAUGAACAAGAGAGCUGGUGAACUGAGUGCUGCUGAGCUUGAUAAUCUGAUGACUGUGGUUGCCAACCCAAGGCAAUUCAAGAUCCCAGAUUGGUUCCUCAACAGGAAGAAGGACUACAAGGAUGGCAAGUACUCCCAGGUUGUGUCCAACGCUCUCGACAUGAAGCUCAGGGAUGACUUGGAGAGACUCAAGAAAAUCAGAAAUCACCGUGGUUUGAGGCACUACUGGGGUCUCCGAGUUCGUGGCCAACACACCAAGACCACUGGCCGUAGGGGAAAGACUGUUGGUGUCUCGAAGAAGCGUUAAACUGUUAUAUUUUGGGUUUUGGAAAUUAGAUAUUGUUGAAGAGGCAGACAUAUGUUUUACACACCGAUGCCGUUUUUUGGUUAUAUGCUCUCUCUUGACAAUUUCAAUUUUGUUGGUUAUUUGUUUUAAGCUUCCAUUUAGUUGAAUUAUGAUGAUAUUUUAAGAUUUAUCAGACUUCCAAUCCAAUAGUAUUAAAUUGCGUUUUAACAAGAA